ACUUUUGAGUUACUAAUGGACAUACUCUGCUUUCUCAGCUACAUACAAAUCAAAAUUGAUGAAACCUUGAGACUUUGAGGUAGAUUUUGUUAAAUAAACGUAGCAGUGCCUCUCACUUGCACGCACCUAAGGAGGGAGGCGCUAAUAUGGAAGCUGCCGGUACUGUAAUUUCUAAGUUACCAAACAUGCAUUAUUUAUACAAAAAUAACAUUUAUUGAGACUUUCAGGUAUCAGAAUUGAUUCAGAUAAUAAUUUACUAUUUUAUUGUAAAUAGCAAUCAGCUCAAUAAAAAAUCAAAUUAAUAAAUGCUAUCUGAAUUAAGAUAAUAUCCCUAAAGAACUAGACGUGAAAAGCAGUAAUUAUAACAUUUUCAAAUGAGUUAUUAACAAAAUGAAGCUCAAAAAUGAAAAUAUGCAUUUGGCAACAGCAAAACAUCAAAACUGACAUCUCUAAAGCACAGAUUACAGAGUGAACCUCUGUGAUCUGUGCUCUAAAGUUGGUAGGGAAAAGUUACAUAAACAACAUAGCCCAUUAUUUACAUUUUUGCCAAGUCCAAAAUCAGUAGAUACCACUUUUGCGUCUUCAGUUAAUCGUCUGGAUGGCUGGGGUUAUCAAGAAGACUACCGGCCUGACUGGUCUAGCAGUGUCCCCUCACCCCCACAGAGUUUUAGGGGUAUUAUAUGGAAAAAUCCUCAGAACACUGAAAAUGAUGCCCGAAACUGCAGCCUACCGUAAACACACCGAAGCGGUAAUAAAGGAACGGUCCCAAAUUCUAGAAUCAAACCCCGCAGUGGAGGAAGCCGAGAGGAAGAUCAAUUGUGGCCAAAUUGAAGAAGUCAUUAUACAGGCUCAAAACGAAUUAGUGUUGGCUCGCAAAAUGCUGACAUGGAAGCCCUGGGAGCCCCUGACAAAAGCGGCCCCACCUAAUCAAUGGAACUGGCCCCCCGCUCAUCCAGCUGAACAGCGUUGAUUGGUAUACUUGAUAAAACCGUGUUAGAACUUUAAUAAAUUGUUUAAACUA